AUGAAGUUCUCGACCAUCUUCGUCGCGGCCGCGGCUCAGGUGGCUUCCGCCCACUACUUCUUUGAGACGAACGUUAUCAACGGUGCUGCCCAAACACCCGGCAAGUACGUCCGCGACACUACACGGCAGACCAAGUACAACCCUAUCAAGUUCUCCUCGAACCCGGCGGGUGAUAUCCGCGACGGCUCCUACGCCGAUGGACCCGAUAUUCGCUGCAACCAGGGCGCCUUCUCGAACGCUGGCCGCACCGAGGUCUUGACUGUGAACGCUGGCUCAGAGGUCACGGCCAAGUUAGCCUAUGGUGCCAAGAUGGAACACCCUGGCCCCGGCUUUGUCUACAUGUCUCGCGCCCCCGGCGACAACGUCAAGGCCUACGAUGGCUCGGGCGACUGGUUCAAGAUCUUUGAAGAGGGUGUCUGCAACCAAGGUGCCGACUUUACCCGCGACGCCUGGUGCACUUGGGGCCGUGACACCAUCACCGCCAAGAUCCCCGACAACACACCUAAUGGCGAGUACCUGGUCCGCUUCGAGCACAUUGGCAUCCACCGCUCCCACGUCAACCAGCCCGAGCACUACACCUCGUGCCUCCAGGUCAAGGUCCAAAACGGCGGCAACGGCUCGCCCAGUCCGACGUUCAAGCUCCCCGGUGGCUACAAGGACUCUGACCCGUACGCCAAGUUCAGCAUCUACGGCGGCUACAAGAACUUCCCCAUGCCGGGCCCCGCUGUCUGGAACGGCGCGGGCAACGGCGGCGGUGGCGGCGAGCCCUCCAACCCAGGCAACGGUGGUGGCUGCUCCGCCAUGUAUGGCCAGUGUGGCGGAAAUGGAUGGGGCGGUGCCAAGUGCUGCUCUGCUGGUAGUUGCCAGGUCGUCAACGAGUGGUACCACCAGUGUGUCUAA